AUGGAGGCUACAGGCUGGGCAUCAGUCAAGGCAUGUGAUGAGGUGACCGAGUUGGUGGAGGUAGCAUGGUGGUCAUUACACAGGCUUCACAUCAAGGCAGAGGAGGUGUUGAAGGUGAUGGGUCAAAAGCUAUCUUUUAUUUAUAGUUCAACUGACUAUGACCAUGAUAUCGCUUGCAUUGUUUCUUCAUUCCAUGUCCCACCUGUUGUCCUAUGUUGCUGGGCCGAACAAGAUAAGCCUAUGUGUUUUGUGCAAUGGGCAAUGCUAGACUCCGUGGAAGAUAACACGGUUGUGGUAGAUUUUUAUAGCGUCAAGGUUCAUGCUCAUGGCGCUGAUCAUAUGGAAGAUAA